AAUAGAAGCUCGUAUUUGGUCGCGAUACUUAGGCAUGAUAUUUAUGUCAUGGACAUAAGUUAUAGAACAGGGUAAAAUCUGACACAUCGUGUGCAUUUUUUACAAUGUCACAAACAUGGUUAAGAAUUUAACCUUUUAGUUGAUAGUGAUAUGACACGUGAUGAUAAUUGUACUUGUUAGUUGUAAUUUGGCUUAAUUUUACUGCCCAUAGACGUUAUGAUUUUGCUUACAGACCUUGCCAUGAUUAUUAAUUAGAGGUCUCAAACAAGAGUCGAAACGGUGUUCUGUGUGAACAACUAGGUUUAACCAAACUUUUAGGCCCGACGUUAAUUAUAGCGUAAAAUUGGUUUUAAACUAUAGAUGAUCUUUUUUCCUCCUAAAUUUAAUGGCUUUAAGGGAACUUUUUUUUUCAUUUUAUGACUUUAACUAUUUAUAUGAUUUUUGUAUCAAAUUUUAUAUUUAAUUUUAAAAUUAAAGAAGGUUAAAAAAGUUAUUUUUUGGUAGAAUUUGACCACUAAUGAGAAAAUUCAAGCUAAAUGCAAAGAGAAAAUAUUAGUGAGGCAAUGCCACUAAGAUAAUCUGCCCCAAACAUGUUUUUUUCUCUGUUUGGGCGUUUUUUCAAAGGUGCUACAAUACUAAGUGGAGCAUAUGUAUUAGGAAUGUUUGGUUUUAGUCCAUCGUGGAUUUUAGUAAUUGUUUUUCUAUGGCUAGUUCAUAAAAAAAAAUUGCGUGAUAAAGAUAUUCGUGUGUCCUUCAAUCAAGAUGCAGUAACUGAUGAAAAAGGAGCAAUUUUAGCAAGACUAGAAGAUUUACCACCUUGGGUUUUCUUUCCAGACAUGGAGCAAGUGGAAUGGUUAAAUACAAUCAUACAACAGUUGUGGCCAUAUAUUGGACAUUUUGUAGAAGGUGUACUCCGUGAAAAGGUGGAGCCUGCUAUUCGGGCAAAUUUACCAACAAACCUCCAGAGCUUCAAGUUUGAAAAAGUCAUUUUAGGGGAUAUGCCAUUUAGGAUUGGUGGGGUUAGAGUCUACCAUGAAAAUACAGCUGAAGAUGAAAUAAUUAUGGAUGUAGAAAUAUUAUAUUCUGGAGACUGUAGAUUUUCUCUGAGAAUAAAAGGAUUGAAAGCUGGAAUUAAAGAUGUGCAGCUUCAUGGCAUGAUACGUAUUGAGAUGAAGCCCUUGGUGCGACAAGUUCCUCUUGUUGGUGGACUAAGUUUUUAUUUUCUUAAACCUCCGGCUAUUAAUUUCGACCUGACCAACUUCACAAAUAUUUUAGACACUCCCGGUUUGAGCAAUAUUUUACAUAAAAUUAUAGUUGAACAGCUCUCAAGUGUGAUGGUUCUUCCUAACAAAAUAACAUUGUCUCUUACAGAGAGUGUUCCCCUUCAUUUACUUAAAUUCCUCCCACCUGCUGGUGUUCUACAAGUUGAAGUAUUGGAGGCAAAACAGUUGAUGGCGUCUGAUUUGGGUUUUGGCAGUACUGAUCCAUAUGUUAUAGUAAUUGUUGGAUCUCAGGAGUUUAGAACACCAGUAAUAACUAAUGAUAUUAAUCCAGUAUGGAAUCACCAGUGUGAGGCAAUAGUCAACCAAGUUGAAGGACUGACAUUAGAUGUUGAAGUUAUGGAUGAAGAUAAAACCUCCAGAGAUGACUUUCUUGGAAGGACCUCCAUAAAAAUUUCAUCUGUGACCAUGGCUGGUAGAAUUAACGCUUGGUACCCUCUUGAAGAAGCUAAAUCUGGAUGGAUACAUCUAGAGAUUGCUUGGCUGACCCUUACUGAUAACAUUAACCAUCUUGAGACAAUUAUGCACCAAAGAAAAUCUGAUUUCUCAUCUUCAUUGUUGAUGUUAUUCAUAGAUUCAGCAAAAAACUUGCCUGAUGCCAGUCAGGCCACAGGUGAACCAAACCCCCAGCUGAAACUGAAAAUAGCUAAAUAUGUAAGAUAUACUUCUGUUAGACCAAAAACCAAUAACCCAGUAUGGGAGGAGAACUUUUCAUUCCUCUUAAAGAACCCACAUUCACAUAAGCUUAGAUUAGAGGUUACUGAUGUAAAAUCUGGAAAAAGCUUAGGGAAUUGUUCUUUUCAAGUUUCACAUUUGUUACAAGAAAAAAAUAAUCGAUCAGACCAGACUCUCAAACUUCAAGGAUCAAGAGAUGAGGCCAGUAUUUUCUUAAUGCUGCAGUUAAAAAUUCUGAAGUACAAGGUUCCACCCACUGAUAUAGCAACAGAAUCUACAAACAGAACAAUCAAGAAAACAACCGAGAACACUAUAGCAAGGGGAAAUGAAGCACAAGUCUCAGAUAAUGAGCAGGUCACUAGCAUACUUCAAUUGAAUGAUAGUAUGAAUAGUAGUUUAGAAGUACCAUAAGAUAAGUUUGAUAGUAAAGGGUAUGACUUAGAACCAACAGAAGACAGAAUAAAUAAAUACAAUAUAUUUACCUUGUAGCUGUUAUUUAGUUCUCUAGCUUUAACACGACACCAUGCAAGUACCUUUACAUAUGUUAAGUUUUGUCUUAAGAUGAUUUUUAAAAAGUGAAGGAAAUAAAGAUGUAUAAACUUACAUUAGAAUUAACAUUUUCUGGGAUUAACUUUUAUAUUCUUGAGUUAUAAUAUUUUUGAUAACAAUAUUAAGCAUUAUUUUCCAAAGACAUUUUCUUAAUACAGAAAAAUGCACAUAGUAAAAAUUUUAUUUUAUGUCAGAUCAAAAGCUCAUUGACUUAUAAUCUAAUAGUUAAUCAUUAGUUAUUUGUUAUUUGUUUUUUCAAAUCCAUGUUAUUCUAUAAUAUGUAAAGCAAUUAAAUUACAUUUGGAAAUGCAGUCAUUUUAUUGGUUUCAAUUAAAUACUAGUGGAAUUUUCUUUAUAUAUAAACAACAUAAUUAGCUUAUAUCUAGAAGUAAAUUUUUUGUUUUGAAUGAGGUAGUUAUCAUGAUAAAAAUGUAUAUAUGUUUUAUUGAUGUUUAAAUUUUAUUUAGACACGUAACACCAUGCAUAGAGGGUUUGCAAAACAAUUUUCUGUAGCAGACAGAAUAUAUUUCUUACAGAGGGGCAUAUUUGUCUCUCGUGUCUUCAACUUCCAGUAAAUUAUAUAUUACAGAUCUCUAUGCUAUAAAUAUUUAAAGUGCCUAGUGGUGCAUCAAGCCAAAAUCUAUUUCUGGUAGAUACAUACUUGUUCAACUGUUUUUAAUCUUUUACACACUUCUUAAAAGUUUGACGGAGGCUAAAAUUUUGGAAUUAGAUGUGAACUUUUGUGAAAACUUUUGAAAACUGUUUUGUGUAAGUUCAUUUCUAUGAAAAUAACUAACUAGCAUGUGCCUUUCACUACUCUUGUGCAUAUGGUAUAAAUUAGAGAAAACCAAAACAAGCUUGUUUUGAAAUUAAGAGUAACAUUAUGAAACUGGAGAAACUUCUUUGUGAUUUUGUAUUUCCAGAUUUUAGCUUUUAACUAUUGCUAAUCACCUAUAUUUAGCCUUACAUUACAAAAUUAAAAAAGCAGUUAUUUAAUUCAUUUAUAAAAAUUUACAGUUUAAAAAUGGAAAUGUGGCAACUGAACUGUGAUUCUAUUUAGGUUUUGGUUAAAUGCUAUGUCUCAAAAAUAAAAUUAAAGAGGAAUUUCUUCUGAACACUAGUGAUUUAGAAAAUCUAAACAGAUAUUAAAAAUGGUUUUGGUUUUCUCCUUAUUCUUGCUUUUCAGGAAUUCAUGAAAGUUGCAAGUUUUCUGCACAUGUUUUAACUGUUUAAAUAUUUAAUCUGUUUGCUUGUUUUUGUUGAAAUAAAAAUUAAUUUUUUUAUGG